AUGAGUAAGACGGAAUAUAUCCGACAAGAGUUUGGACUGUUGGAUAUAGAUGGACUUGAGUAUCACCGUUGGAUGACUGAUGUGAAGAUCGUUUUUGUAGCAAAAGAUUGCACCCAUACCAUCACACCCUCUACUGACAAACAUGCUGCCCCAGCAACUGAAAAAGAAAAGGUUGAAGCCCUCCGAUAUUUGAAGGCAUACAUUGACCCUGAUCUCCUUUGGGGAUACCAACACAUAAUGUGCCCUAAAGAACUGUGGGAUGCACUAGCAAGUCGUUUUGGGAGCAUUGAGGAUUGCCUUCUCCCACAGUUGAAUGAACAGUGGAAUCACAUCCGGUUUCUUGAUUAUGUGAAGGUAGGUGAUUUCCAUAGAGAUGUUCUUAAGCUACAAGCACACCUCAAUUUUUGUGGGAUAAAACUUACAGAUAAAGAUUUGAUUCAAAAGACAUUGUCUACUUUCCCUUUCUCAUAUGUUAUUCUAGCCAACCAAUACCGCAUAGAAGUUGAUAACAAGAGAAUAACAACUUUCAGCAAGUUGAUCAACUUAUUGCGGGUGGCCGAAAGGCACAAUGAAGUUCUAGCCAACAACAAUGCUAGAGCCCCCGGGAAGAAGAAAAUUCCCGAGGCUAACUAUGGCAAGGAUAACAAGGGAAAACACCCCAAAGAAAAGAGGGUUAAAAGUUCUGAUUCAUAUUCUCAUGCUCCAUACUCACGUGGGGAUAAUAACCCACGUGGAAGAGGACAAAGGGGCCAUCGUGGAAGGGGCCAUGGACGUGGAGGCCAUUCAAAUACCUGGUCUAGAGAUAUUACUUCUGGACCUAGUGGUAGGGGCAACAUUGUUGAAAAAACACAUAAGAAAUCAAUGUCUAAGAAGGUCGAGAAUGACAAUGCACCUUGUUACAGGUGUGGAAUCUCCGGACAUUGGUACCAGCAAUGCAAAGCUAGUGUCAAAGUAGCAACCAACUACAAAAAGUACCGGGAAUCUAUAGAUCAAGAAGCUCACUGUGUGGAAGAGCAUGAUCAUGCCCCAGAUGUCAACUUGACCAUUUCAGACUUCCAGGGCAACAAGAACCAUGCCCUUAUGGAAACACCUGACUUUGAUUGA